CCCAGUCUCUCUCAACCUUCAUCAUUCUUAACUAUUUGUGGUCCAAAUGGUUCACUUAUUUAUCAUCAUCCUGGGAAUACAAUCCCUACAUCCCACUGAUAAUCAGAACUUUACUGACUUGCCUGCAGAGCUAAAAAGAGUAUAAGGUUCUUCUCCCUGCCCCUCCUUUGAUAACUUGUUCCCACUUCUCAAAGAGAGAACUUCAGCACUUUGGAUGAUUCACUGCAGAGAUUCUCGGUCAAUACAUAUACAGAGCCUAUGAUAUUUUCAAUGUUUGUGUCACUGUUUCUUCUCAGCAACCAGCCAGAACAUGAAAUGUCCUCUCAGUGUUUAGCUAUGAAACAGGAUAAACCAGGGAAAAAAUUAAAUUAAAUUCAAGAAAGCUAUGGAAAGUAAUUACAAGAUUGGAAAAAACUAUCUCCAUUUUUUCCCCCACCACUUAACAUCUUUGUUACAGUCUGAAAAUCCUACUGUGCUGCCCUUCAGUCUCCAAAAGCAUUGCUCAGCAGUGCUGUCAAUUCAUCCAGAUCUAAAUGAAGAAAAUAUUUCUGAGUAGUGCUUGUUGCCACAGACUAUUCCUUUCUCACCUGAAGAUUAAAUAACUGUACUCUGUGCUGUGUUAUUGGACUGCACACUCUACAAAGCACACCUGAGGCAGAAUGAAAUGCUGGUGAGCUGCACAGCUCAGUGUCAGUGUGACACUAAAGUCCUACAGCUUGCAGUAGUUGCUGAUUUUUACCCUCUAAUAGCUUGAAAGGUAUCAUAUUUGUCUUUCUGGUCAAUUAGUUUCCAUCUUCUCUGCAGCAACACUGACUGAGCAUUCAAAAAAUACGGCUAAGGUGCUACAUCUGGAAAAGCAGCAUAUCCAAAUAACUGCCUCCACCUAAUGCUCCCCAGGAAGUGAAGUGGUUUUGCUCAGGUCAUACAUUUACUGAGCACCUCAGACUUUAGGUCAAACGCAUAAACGGAGUUAAAAUGUUUUUAAGAUACUAUAGCAAAAGGCAUUAUUUUGCUGGGUUUUGUUUUCCAUCUACUAUUAGAUCCACCUAACCUUGCUUCUUUUCCCCUUCUGGUGUAGAAGAAAGCAAGCCCUGCACGUACACUUGUGCUCCACUUCCAGCUCUUAAGGGCUCUCUAUCCAAGGAGCUGCUCCCAGGCACUUCCUGCUGCUGGGCAGUUCCAGCAAUGGAUCCACCCCUCAGCAAGGCUGGGUUUCAAACAGGCAGAACCAGAUUCCCCAAGUAGAAAGUAAUCAAUUUGCCUGUCUACUGCAGUGGCAGAAGUUUCUCUCUCACACUACACCCUCCUGAACACUUGGACAACUAUAUAAGAACCAGAAGCAGAAGGAAUGAAGAAAAUCCUUAAUGGAAAAGUCACUCAGGACAUGUUACUUUGGGAAAUAUUCAGAAAAAUGUUUCUCAGAUUGUACUGAAGCAGGAGUUCUGCUGGAAAGGAUAAAACAGAAAGCCAUCAGCACCGGAUUCAGAGUGAAACAAAAUCAACAAAAAAAGAUAUUGGAUUAACUUCCUGUGUUGCAAGAGGGGGAAAAAAAGCCCGGGGAAAAAAAAAGCCCUGAACACAAAAGCCAUGAGAGACCGACUGCAAGAGCUUAAACUGAGGGCUAAGGAACUACAGAUAGCUGGAGAAAACAACAGUGUAGCUGUCCAAGAAGAGGAGCAGGACUUUGAACAGCAGGCCAUUAUUUAUGAAAAAGAGUCCAUAACUGAAAGGCACUUGCAUGAAAUCCAGAAGCUUCAGAAUGAAAUUAAUAACUUGGUGGAAGAAGUUAAUAAAUUCAGCCAACAACAAAAAAGCCUGGUGUCUUCAAUGAGGCGAUUCAGUGUUCUGAAAAAGGAAUCUAACAUAGCAAGGGAAAUAAAAAUUCAAGCAGAGCACAUAAGAAAAUGUUUGGAUGAACUGUCGAAGACAGUGAAAAAAGCUGAAAAUGAGCAUGGGCCAUCACGUGCCACGGUGAGAAUCCUGACUUUUCAACAUGCCUUCUUAUCCCACCGUUACCUCAAUGCCAUGCUCUCCUACAAUGAAGCCAUAACUGCCAAGCAGGAGAAAUGCAGGAGGUUUAUUGUCCGUCAGCUCGAAGUAGCUGGUAAGGAGGUGUCUGAAGAAGUAGUCAAUGACAUGCUCCAACAAGGAAAAUGGGAGAUUUUCAAUGAAAAUCUCCUCACUGAAGCCAAAAUAACUAAAGCUCAGCUUUCGGAGAUCGAGCAGAGACACAAAGAACUUGUCAGUCUAGAGAACCAGAUCAAAGACAUAAAGGAACUUUUUAUCCAGAUAUCAGUGCUGGUGGAGGAGCAGGGGGAGAUGAUCAACAACAUAGAGAUCAGUAUGAACAACACUCAAGAAUAUACUCAAGUAUCUAAAGAAAAAUUUGGGCUUGCAGUCAGGUAUAGAAAAAGAAACCCCUGCAGAGCAAUAUGCUGCUGGUGUUGUCCAUGUUGCAAAUGAUAAAAGAAAUGAACUCCUGGAAAUACCAAUGGUUCCUACACAGCAAACUGAUCUUGAAAAGCAAUCUUAGGAUCUCAUUUUCCCUUCAACAGCACUCUCAGGAAAAACUCUGUCUAUUUAUCCAAAGAGAGUUAGAAGAAUGCAAAGAAUGUUAUGGUUUUCACACAAACACAUGAAUGAGGGGAAAGGAUCAAAGGACAAAAGUGCCACUUUUUUGUUCUUCUGACUCAAACUAAAAUAAUGUGGCAACAAACUAUCUGUGCUUUCGGGAAGCAUUGAAAGCAUUGCUAUCUCAGAUUUCAUAAUAAUGGUCUAGUUGCUUUUUACAAAAUAAUAACUGGUAUUUUUAAUUGCCUUUUGUUUUUUAGCACUUUUAUUUACUUGAUUCAAAUUCUAAGGGUUUUUUUUUCCCCAGAAAUUUGAAAUUCUACAAAACCAAACUACACAUAAAGCAGACUCCAUUAGUAACAAUCCAGAAUGUGAUGCCUAAACCAAACAAGAAGUCAGAAGAGAGUUAUCUGGAGUGUUUCACUACAACCUCUAUAGGAAAAGUUACUCACAGACAUUGGGUUAUUUAUUUAAUAACACCCUGCUGUAUUUCUUACAGAUAGGGGUUGAGUUCCUGUUUUCUGAACAAAUUAAAGAAUACCAGCAGCAGCAGAGCACAUCACCAAACCUACAAAGAUAUUUGUCAGCAUCUUGCUGAGAAGCCAAGCAUUAACAAACCUACACAGAUAUUUAUAUUAUUCAGCUACAUAGGCAGACUCCCUACUAGGUAAGGAUAGGGGAAUAUGAUACUUUAUCACACAGUGUUAAGGCAUUUUCUUACUGCUGCCUGUUCUAUCUAAACGUUCAGUUGCAUCUGCAGUCUCACUUUUGCUAGUACAAAAAUUAAAGGAAAAAUAUAAAAAAACAAUAGAACUCCAUACUUAUUUAAAAAAAAAAAAAUCUAGAACCAGAGGAUGCUUUAGGGUUGGAAGGAAUUCCUGGGGGACCUCCAGAUCAUCCUCCUGCUCCAACGUUUGCUCAAAUCAAGACAGAAAUUUUCCUGGUUGCAGCUCUUGUCUACCACUUUUGAUCCUACCACAUGCCCCUGAAAAGAACCCUGUUAUUGUCACACCUUAUUGCUUAGGCAGCAGGAAGAUGUCUCCCUUAGUUUCUUUACUUCUAGUCUGAACAAAAGCAGCUCUCUGACUCUCCUGAUAUGUCACAUGCUCCAGUAACCCAGCUGGACUCACUACAUAAUAGUCACAUUUGUCUUCACGGUAGUCCUGUGGUGGGAAGUCCAGAAUGGUGCAGGACAUGGAUUUAUUUGUACUCUACAGGAGUUGCCAGAACUUCUAAUGGAGGGUUUCCACAGCUCUAGAUGGUUCCAUGAAAUUCUGCUGAUCGUAGAAGCUUGGGAUAUUCAAAUAGGAAUGAAAACCAGAUGCCUAAAGCAGCAAAUAAGAAUAGCUCCCCCGAGUACCUAAACCAGCAAGCAGAAAAGGAGUGCUUUUGCUUUCCAUAUUCCCAAUGGCUGGCUUCUACCCCGUUCCCAACUGCUUUUGGAACUUAAUGAGAAACAGCUCUCUAAUGAAAUUUAACAGAAAAUAACACUGCAAUCGAGGCGAAAAAAGUUAUUUCCAAAAAGAAAUUUAAAAAAAAAAAAUUCCACGCUAAAACCAAACCCCAAACCAAAAAUGUACUUCUGAACUCCGUGCUGUGCAAAGGUACAAUCAAUACUACUAUAUCUGGAUACAGGCAGAGAAGGCAGAACAAACUGCAUUACAAUUCUACAAGGCACUGAGCUACAUGUCUUCAGUUUCAUCUAGUGGGAAAAAAAAAAAAAAAUCAAUCUACUAUCAAAGGGCACUACUGAAUUAUUGUUACAUUGUGAUACUUAAAAAUAGUUGGAUUCCUUCCAUCCCACAUUAAAAUUGCAACUGAAAUUAACUGUUAUCAAAAUACAAUCAAAGGUCUGAACCUUAAAAAGAAAAGUAUUAUAACAUUUAUAAGAAAUAAAGUUAAUGACACCACAGUUAUUAUUUCAUUAAACAACCUCCCUUAACUGCUGCAUAUAUGGAAACUACCUUUAUGUUCCAAGAGCAAAGCAGAAACCAGACAAUA